AUGUUCUUCUAUGGUUGCAUGAUGAACCAGGUGCUCACAACCUGCUGGAUAUUCCUCCUGCUCUCCGCCUUCCUGUGCGAGCCUGCACUGUGCAAAGGAGGCCGCGGGGGGUCCCGUGGCUCAUCCAGAGGAUCCGCACGUAGCUCCACGGCGGGCUCGUAUCGCGGUGCGGGCGGCUAUGGGGGCCCGCGCUCUCGCUUCAGAGCGGCGGGCCGGACGUCCCCGGUACGGGUGGCCGCCGCUGCGGCCGCAGGGGCUGCGGUGGCCUUGACGGCAGAUAAAUGGUACGCAUCCGCUUACCGCCGCAGCAACGCUGACUCCAACGAGGAGCUGGAUUAUUACAACAGGACUGGUUACUUUGAUGCUCAAAUGUCUGGCUCCAACGCGGGAGCAUCCUUCUGCCAAAUGUUUUCCGUCACCAUGGCAACGCUGUCCUCCAAAUAUAUACUGUUGUGGGACUCCAUGUGGUAAUGAGCUUUUAAGGAGAAAUGUGCUGGACCUGACUAAUGCAGGACAGGCUGGAAGCAACAGGAAAACUGGUGGGAAGACAUAGUCAUGACCACAAAGCAAACACUGCACUGUUCACUUCAACUUAAAAUGUAAAAACUUAUGUGCACCAGCUUGACUGUUGUGGACCAAAUGAGCCACGUGAGAUCAAGAAUGAAGACUACACAAAGCCAAAAUGCUAUUAAAAUAUGCACUACCUUAGGCUAAUAGCAUAAUUUCAUUUAUGAACACUUUUAGAAAACAUUCUUAUUGACAUGGUGACACUAAAAUUAAAAAUUUCAAUUACGGGAUGUGGGAGAGGCGUCCAAGAUCUUUUAUUAUGAAGCCCAGGGAAAUCAUUUAUUUCCAUCACUCGCAAAGACUCCACACUUGAAAUCAUCUAAGCGACUGUUUACGUGACUCGGCAGGUGCUGCUGUUAUCAAUUGAGUUCAAAUUUCAGUCUUUGAGCUGAGAUCAUGACAAUUACGACCCAUUUUCCUGAUAGAAGACGAGAGGCUUUGCGUUUUGUGAACCAUCACUUGUGGGACAGCUACUAUUUGAGGAAAUCCAGUAUAUUUGUGAGUCGUGUGUAACGAUAUGGUGCUGCUUAAACAGGUUGUGAUAUAUCCCCAAUGCUUCUUGUUUACCUUAUAGCACUUGUGCAAUGUACAGAAUACCUUUCUUAUCCGUCUCAAUGCAAAUAAACACAAGUGUAAACCAA